UCAGUCUCUCUCACACAGAAGCGCAAACACAUGGAGACUCGAGACUUGAACUACUUUCCCCCUGAACCUCACUGUUUCCACUCAUAACACCGGCGCUAUGAGUCUGGGAGAAGAGCUGUGUUAUAAAGCACGUGAAAUGGAAGUGGAGGAAGACUUUUACUCGUAUGAGUUCAGUAAUGAUGCAGGUCUGCCGGUGUAUAAGGACAGUGAGGAGCUGUUCGCAGCGCUUCGGCAGAAGGAGGACGAGGUUGUUCUGGCAGCUCAGCUGGGAAAGGCUCUGCUGCUGGAGAACAGACAGCUGAAGCAGGAGAGAGACGCGCUUCACGACAAACACGCGCAGCAGCUGCAGGAGCUGGAGCAGGGCAGGUACGAGCUGCGGGUCAAGCUGGAGGACUGCCAGGCGCAGUGGGAGAGUCAGGUGUCUGAGCUGGAGCGAGACGUGCAGGAGCUGCAGGCGCAGGUCGAGAGACUGAAGCGGAGUCUGAGCGCGGCGGAGAGAGAGAAGAGCAGACUGAAGCAGGAGCACAGUGAACACAGCCAGAGACUCCGAGAACAGCUGCAGAGGGGAAUGGAAGUGGAGCAUACCAUGACCGGUGAGCUUCAAAGACUGAAAGAGGAAAUGAGAGAAAGGGGGCAAGCCAGACCCCAGGACGAAGAAAUCAUCAACGCGCUUAAAGAACAGGUGGCACGGCUCACGCAGCGGGAGCAAACACUCAAGCAGCGCUUAAAGAUGACUUGCCACGAGAAUGAGGAACUAAAAGACACUGUGACCGCGCUCCACGCACGCCUGGAUCUACAAGAACAACAGAGUCACACACACAUACAACAGCUGGCAGAGGCCUGGCGGGAAGUGGAUGGGGUUCGUUCCCGGGCUCAAGAGCUGCAGUCUCAGGUCGAGGAGCUGCAGGAGGAAGUGGCCCUAAGGGUGAACGACUCAUCUUUACUGUCUGAGCUUGAAUACAAUCUGGACAUGGCAGACUGGAGCCUGGACAAAGAACAGCAGGUCUGUCAGGAGCUGCACUACAUCCUGGAACUGCUUCAGCCUGUGGCCUACAGAUCAGAGGCUGAUCAGGACUCAGAUGACAGCCUGCAGGGCAUGCUGGGACAACUGAAACACGCAGCUCAGUGGAGGAGUGAGACACUACAGGAGAAGAGAAAGUCCAUUGUGGGAUCGGUGAGCGAUCCGUGUGAGAAUGCCAUCCAGAUACAGGAGCUGCAGGAUCAGAAUGAGCGUCUCGUAGCAGAAAGCACCGAGCUCAAGCUGCGAGCUGAGAGACUUGUGGAGCAGGAAGUAGUUCAGCAGGCCGUAAAGGACCGCGAUGAUGCCAUCACUAAGAAGACAGCGAUGGAGGCAGAGCUGCUGAGGACAAAGCAUGAUAUGAUGUGUUUAAACAACCAACUCCUGGAAGCCAUUCAGCGCAAACUUGAGCUGUCACAGGAACUGGAGGCCUGGCAGGACGAUAUCCAGGUUAUCAUCAAUCAGCAGCUGAGGAGCCAGCAGCAGACAGAACAGCCUCAGAAGAGAUCAGCGGGUCGGCUUUCUUUCCUGCGUAAGUCCAGACGACCGUCCACUCUAUCAGAGAUCAGCCCCGAGCAGAACCAGACGCCCUGGAGAGACUGGCUCAAACGCAGCAAAUAAACCUGCUGAGAACGUAUCAGACACUCAUGGAUGAUGAUCCACCGCCAAUGCCAAAGACAACUGACCGUGUUAGAAAA